GAUGCUUUUCAAGAUGAUGGAAUCUAUUCCAGAUAUUUCAUAAAGAUGGUAAAUGGGAGAAGCAGCUUGAAAGUAAGAGUGAAGAAUCAAAGUGCACAAACCAGAUUUGCUGUCCUAUAUGUACCUGGAUGUGUGAUAAACGUGAAGCUGAAGCCUCCAAAGCCUCCCGUUUUUGAAGAACCACUUGACGCUGGAAACUUUACCAGAACAGACACCGGAGAGAGUUUUGAGGUGACUCUUUCAGGCACAGCUCCACCAAAUUUCCCUCCUAACAGAAUCACAGAUCUGAGUGCUGAGAUCCAGGAGGACACGGUGCUUCUCAACUGGACAGCUCCUGGUGAGGACCUUGACCAAGGGACAGCUAAAUCCUAUAAGAUCAGGUGGAGCUUUGACCUUAAAAUGCUUCGAUUCAACUUCAGCAAUGGUCAUUCAGUCAACACAACUGCGGUCUCACCUCAGAAGGCUGGAUCAGUUGAACAGCAUUCAUUCAAUCUCAAUAUCACAAUCCAAAAUGGCACCACACUCUUCUUUGCAGUUCAGUCGGAGGACAAACAAAAAGCAAAAUCUGAAACCUCCAACAUUGCUCAAGCUUCAAAGAUCCUCCCUGCUCCAAAACCUCCAGGAAUAUCAAACCCAGACAUUAACUUAGUUCUUGUCAUUUCUCUGUGUGUGGUAACUAUGGUCAUAUGUUUUAUUGUUGCUGUAGUCAUAUGUGCAGUGAAACGCAGAAAACGCUCUGCUCAAAGUGAUAUUGCAUUAAUAAUCGCAAACGAAUGUCAAAACAAUCUGUAUGCCUAA